GGUUGCCACGGUUACCACACUCAGAGCUGAUUGAAAGAAUUCUUACCACCUGUUGGGGUUAGGGAACCGGUUAAGUUCGCCUUCUCGAGCAGUCAACCCAGACCUUAGACAUGUUUGUUUGUUAAACUGACUUUGCAAAGCAGAACCCAGCGUUACAGGCUCUACGGGUGACGACCUUACUAUCCGCGUGCCAGCUACAUCAGCCAAUCAGCGGCAAGCAAAGCGAGUGUACAUUUAAAUAAACCACAGGGGAGCGGAGGAGGAGAAUUCUGCCGACUGUUGUCCGUGACAGUGGUCGUGCUGUAGUCUACUUGUUAAAGGUCUUGUUCUACAGUACUGGUUACGUUUAAAUGGCUUAAGACAACCCCGACAAUUUAAAACCGUGGAGAAUUUCGUCCUUCCUUCACGGCUCAACACUGCCUGGAUACUGAAGCUGCAAACGAGAAACACCAAAAAUGAAUUUUCUUUGCAUUCUUGUGCUAAUGUUGUGCCACUUAUCUCGGGCUUUUCCUAUUCCAGUAGAUGCCAUUAUUGUUCAGGUUCAACAGUGGGGUGUGGUGGGUGUUCAGCAGGUCAAGGAGCAGGUUCUUCUCAACGGAGUCUCCCUCACUGGCACAAGCCAGGAGUUCAACCGCAUUGUCCAAACCAUUUCAACUGAUACACUCCUUCCUGCUCUUAUCAGUGUCAACCAGACUUCACCGCUGAGUAACCACACUGUUCUUCGCUCUCGUGAAUGCAUACUGGAGGGGUCUCAGCUGCACUGGACAGACCGUGUUUUCUAUGAUGGAAAGGUCUAUCUGACUCUGGACCACACUGACACAUGGACAGCCCAUGUACCACAAGCAUUGGCCCUCAAAGUGUUGUGGGACCAGGAAGUGCAGAACACAAGGACAGGGAAGAUCCACCUCGAGAAGGCAUGCAUCCAACUAAUGAAAGAACUGAAGCUUUCGGAGGAACAGUCAGUUCCAGGGAUUCCUUUGCCUCAGGUCCUGAUCCCAAUCUUGGCACUCUUGGCUUUUACUGGCCUAGUCAUAAUCAGCCUCCUCCUCUCCAAAAACCGGGGUUUGAGGCACCCUGGAGGUGUCAUUGGAUCCCUUAUACAUUACCCUAAGGACAUGGCUGAAAUGGGUCCAGAGUUAAAAGACUGUGGUUACCGUACCUUGUAAUUCAAAACUUCAGGUGAAUAACAGUCUCCCGUUGGAGUUUUCUACUCCGUUUCUGCAGCUGAAUGUCCACUUACUGAUUUAACCUUUUUUUGGAGAGUCACUACAUGAACCCUUGCCACAGUCCCAACAGCCUACUGUAAUGCCACAGUCUGAAUAUCAGACCACAUCAAUAUAUGCACUUUAACAUGCAUGUAUCACACUUUACACUGGUGCUUUUAUUGUGAAUAUUUUUAUAUUUAUGCAUGUACACACACACACACACACAGAAAUGUAGGUAUGUUCACUGCUGGCAGGAGCUGCACACAUACAAGCUUCUUUUUACACAAUGAAUAAAAUAACUGUACUGGCGGAUUUUUUUUUUUUUUUCCAGACAUAUUCAAGCACUCAGCCUAUGUGAAAAUGUACAAUGGAAGCAUUUUGCUUCAAGCACAUUCAGCAUCUGAUGCAAAUUAAGAAUGUAACAGAUUGUCUCAGACUCUGUAGAUAAAGCCCUGCUGAAAUCAAGCAUUUUGUUUUGCCCUGAGACCAAUCACAUUGAAACUCUGCCAAACCCUGGAUGGACUGACUUUAUCCAAAGAGGCUGACCCACAGCUGACUGUGCUGUUGUUAAGUUUGAAAAAUGUUCCUAAUGGUUAAAUGUUUUCAGAUUUCUUUGAGAUGCUGUAUAUUGUUGUGAAUGUCAGUGUGUUGUUUUCUUCCUCUGUUGUUGUUGGUGUAAAAUUUAUAGAAAUGUUUAAUUAAAGAUACUUUUAUGUCA